AUGAGCCAUCAUUUACAAAUUAAAGAACAUGAGAGUACAUCAAAAGAGUUUAUUUUUCCUGUUGAAGAUGAAGAAGAAUUAAACACUACUAUACUCUAUAUGCACAAUAUUUACAAACUUAUAUUUAACGGCAAAGUAGGCGCACCAGUUCAAGAAAAUUUGCAAAAUGGUGCCAAAGUGCUAGAAUUAUGCUGUGAGGAUGGAAUUUGGAUUACAGAGGUUGCUGUUGAAUAUCCAAAUACAGAAUUUUAUGGAGUUGAUUCUAAUAUACAAAAUUCUGACAAUAAUUUUAAUAAUGUUACAUUUAUUGAAUAUAAACUUUAUAUAUGGAAAAAAAAUACAUUUCUAGAAGUUUUAUCAGAGAUAUUUAGAGUAUUAAAGCCUGGAGGUUGGUUAGAGGUUGUAUGUACAUUUAAUACGGAACUUGUUUAUGGACCAACAUAUACACGAUUGAGAAACACAUGGGAUUCGUGGCUCAAGUUACAAAAUAUUGAUACUGAUUUAGUUGGGAACCUUGAAAAUUACCUUAAACAGACCGGAAAAGCCGAAUCAGUAUUAAGUCGAAUAAUAGAUUCUCAGAUUAAACGUGGAUGUGCUUUUGGAGAGUUUAUGAUUGAAGUUUUUUUAUUUUUUUAUAAAAGUGCGAGAAAUUAUUUGGCUCCUUUUAUGACGAUUUCACUUGAAGAAUUUGAUGACUUGGUGAAUAAGGCUAAAAGUGAAUUAAGUGAAGAUAACAGAUUAAA